GGCAGCACAUUGAGAUGUCGACGUUCCCAACAUCAGGCAGAAGUUGGAUUAUAAUGAUGGCAAACGCUUUCCCACGUUCUUACCCCAGCGCCCUCAUGCCAGGCCCUAUUGUGUCGCACACUCCUCGGUCCACCUGCUCCUUUGGGAGCAGGGUAUUAUCCCCAGGCAAUUCACAGUCAAUUCACCAUGCUGUAAUAGAUGCUGUCCCUAUUGUCCCGGGGCACACAUGGAUUGGCUAUCUCGACUGUGGGAAACUCAAAGUAGCUUUGGACCCAUACAUUUGUAUGCAGCUCCUGCGUAUAAAUAGAGGAACUCUCCACUGCUUUCCCCACCGGCCAAGCAGCCAGCUUCGUGCUGACAGCAGCUCUCGGAUAAUGGCUCCCAGCGCUCUCUCCCUGGAAAUCCUGACACCCAAAGAGAAGAACAGACUCAGAAAACCCAUUGUAGAGAAACUGCGUCGCGAUAGGAUUAACAGCAGCAUUGAGCAGCUGAAGGUGCUGCUGGAGAAGGAGUUCCAGAGACACCAACCCAACUCCAAGCUGGAGAAAGCCGACAUCCUGGAGAUGACUGUCAGCUACCUGAAGUACAGCCGAGCUUUUGCAGCCUCUGCCAAAAGCCUACAGCAGGAUUACUGCGAAGGGUAUGCCUGGUGCCUCAAAGAAGCUCUGCAAUUCCUCUCUCUCCAUUCAACAAACACAGAAACCCAGAUGAAGCUCAUCUGCCAUUUCCAGAGGUCACAAGCAAUGCCCAAGGACUCUGGUUCUCCUUCUGCACCCACUUCCACUCACCAGCCUUCUGCAAAACAAGCACCAGCGAAGCCCUCCUGCAACCUCUGGAGGCCUUGGUAGGCCAAGAGCGUGCUCACUAUCACCUGGACACUGGCGCACAUUCCAGAGGAGACCACGACUUGCUAGAGAAGUCCCCUUACUCCUCUCACUAGUAGGAAAAAAUGUUUUCCUUCUGCAGAGCAUUACUGCACGUGGAUGCCUGCUUCCCUUCUUCCAGAAGGACUGAAACGUUCCCACCACGUGGAAAGAAAGUUAUUCUGAAGGAAUGCGGGACGUAACCCUCCUGCUAGGAGGACCGAGUCGUUCAGAGAGGAACGCUGACUGUUCUUAACCUUAGUGAGGUUGCACGGGUACAUCUGUUGAGAAAGCUGUAACUGCUGAGAUGUUUGGGUCAGCGUUUUCAGGUGUCCGCUCAGCAGCAGCCCCGCCUGCAUCCUGCCCUGCUCGGGACCCCCACACCACCUUCACCUGAGCUGCAGGCAGCAGCUGGGGCUGGGCUAAGCGCACACAUGUGAAAACCUGGCUGCCAGCAGGUUCUAUGAUAUUUGUAGACUGUACUGAGCAUGCUCCGGAAAUGGUUACACCGUAACUCAAGCCGGGUAGAGGAAAUUUCUCGGGAUGUCUUGCUUGCAAAGUCAGAGUGCUGUUUGUGAGGUUCAGGAUACGUAUGCCUUUUAUAAAGGCAAGAGCUCCUUCUAAUAUCCUUAUAGGAAUGAAAGUUACGGCCGUGUUGUCGAUUUUACAUGAAAUAUUUAUCAGUCUUUUAUGAAAGGCAGUUGUACAAAUUAUAUUUACUGUUUGGUACCCCCACCGGGGAGAAUGUAAAAUCAGUGCUGUCCUUGGAGGAUGUUAUGUUACGUGCGAGCUGCACCACUGCAUAACUCGUGUGAGAAACCAUCCUGAAUUCAGGGGUCACACAAAAUAAAAAUUGAGUUAAGAAAGAAUAACUUGUUGGAUUUAUUGAGUGAUUUGCAUAGCUGACUUCCUUGCAGUUCCAGGCUCACCCUCGGUUUGUGAGCUAAACAGGCAGAUUUUGGUACAAAAAGCACGCAUUGCUGGGAGCAGCUGUACUGCUCCAUGUCCACCCAAACCCCCAACGCUGCUUUCCAGGAAUGAACACAAAGCUCCACAUUAACGAACAGAGCUCCUGAGGCAAAACCAGAAGCCUCCCCACUCUGCAAGUGGUUUGGAAGCUUAGAGCCACAUUUGUCAAGGGAGGUCACAGCAGGGGCAAAGGGAGACGUCACACCCACCUCCCAGACACAACCCAUGUGCCUCGCAGUUCGCUGAGACACUCAGUGCCGUGUUCAGCAUCCUGUGUGAGUCACCGAACGGGCUGAGCCGCGGGCUGUGAAGCUGCAGCACACACCGGGCAAACCCAGCAGGGCUACCACACGGCUGAGGGCCGUGAAGGGAGCGCAGACCUCGGCUGCGUGGAUGCAACGCAGCCCAGGUGAGGAACGGAGCUUCGCACAAACAGCACUUGCUACAGAAUGCAGCCAACACAGCCCUGGCAACAUUCCUGCUGCCUGG